CAUUAGACACCCCAAGCCCCAACUCAUCAUCAUCAAUGGCGUUGCUUCGUUUUGUAUGCUUUCCUUCACCCUCUCUCUUUCCUAACCAACAAAACCAGCAAUUCUUUCAACCCAUAAACCCUAAUCCCUCAUCUCUACAAUCCUUAUCUCUCUCCGCUUCACUUCCCAAUCGCUUCCUCAAAACCCACAGACCUAGUUUUCUUGUUUUCCAAACCCAAUCCGCCGUUGAAGCCCCACAAGUUGACACCUCAACGGAUACUGAACAACAAUUGGAAGAAGAAGAAGAAGUAGAGGACGAAGGCUCUAGAACAAGAUUGCUUGCUCAGAAUGUUCCUUGGACUUGUACUGCAGAUGAAAUUCGCCCUCUGUUCGAGAAGUACGGCACCGUUGUUGAUAUUGAGGUUUCGAUGUAUAGCAAAACCAGAAAUCGAGGUUUAGUGUUUGUUUCAAUGGGUUCACAUGAUGAAGCAUUGGCAGCUUUCACCAAUCUUCAAUCAUAUGAAUUUAUGGGUAGAACCCUAAAUGUGACAUGGGCAAAGCCAAAGAAGUCAAAAGACCCUUCUACCCCUGCACAACCAAAGCCAGCUCCUGUCCACAACUUAUUUGUUGCAAACUUACCAUUUCAAGCAAGAUCAAAAGACCUUAUGGAUUUCUUCAAUGCUGAAAAUAGCAACCCUGUAUCUGCUGAGGUUAUAUUCCAUGAAAAACCACGAAGCUCUGCUGGCUAUGGCUUUGUUGCAUUUAAUACCAAACAUGAGGCUGAUGCUGCUCUCUCUGCUUUUCCAGGGAAGAUAUUUAUGGGAAGGGCGAUUCGAGUGUCACCUAGUAAAAGAUUUCUUAGACAAUCGACAAAAAAGGCUCUUGAAUCUAAAGAAGAAUCAACGAAAUCGGAUGAAGUUGAAGUUUAAUUACUUAAACAUUUUUGUUUCAAUAUAUUAAAUGUUUUAGAAGAUGUGGUUAUGAAUAUGUGUAGAAUUCACUUGGUUAGAUAUACUAUUAUAAUUUGUUAUUGAAGUUUGUAUGAGGAAAAAAAAGAAACAAUUACACCAUGAGAGGAGAGGAGAGGAGAUUGCAACUUUUUGAUCGAGA